AUGGUCUCGAGCUCGAGAGCCAACGUUUAUGUUCCCCUCCCCGACAUCAGUCGACCGACUGGAGGUUACCGAACGGUUGUGGAGGACAUGAACUUUCAGGGGUUAAAGCCAGAACAAAGACGAAUGAUGGAGAUGGCGGACGUGCCCAGGGAGUCGUACCGGGCCGUCAAGGUAGUGUCCCCGGGGGUUCCCGCAGCUACGCCCGUAUACCUCAACCUGGUGCACAAGGAGUGCAGGGCGAUUUUGUGUAUGAUCAAUUGCGUGGACCGCGACACUCUGUCGCCGGACCGCGACCACUGGAGCGACCUCAUGGCGGUGAGCUGCGCUCGCGCCCUCGUGGCGGUAUGUCGGUUGAACAUCAUCAACCUCGUGACAACGGCGGUAGUCGACAAGCUCGCCACCGAGCGCGACCCCCAGCCGGACGAAGUCCUCACCCUCCGACCCGGCGAUGCAAACUUCUUUUCCCUCCUAGGGACCCAAAACGGCAAAGCCGCAAAGGGAUCGCCUGGAUGCUCGACGAUGGAGGUGGCGCCAGCGAUGCCGUCACCGCAGAUAUCUCCCUGGCCCAAGUCACGCAAAGCCGCGAGGCACGAGAGAAAGAGGAGCAAGGCCUUGGUUUGGGUAGGGUUACCACACACGGGUGGUGACCGCCCUCUGGUCCUCACACAACCAGAAACCUAUCCCCGCCUCAUCCUACCUGAGGUGUCGAUGCUUCGUGCCAGGAAUACCAAACGACGGGCCCAGGACCCGAUCCAGGUAUCCGACGAAUCACGACACUGGCCACUGCUGAUCUGGAUCGCUUGGAUAGGGGCUACCGCGUUGGGUUACCAGUACACUUUUCCAGCAUCGCCUCAAACAACUUCCGAGGUAUCCAUUGAUGGAACCAAAGCAAAAUAUUUGGACUACCCUGUCUUUGGAAAGUGGAAGCCAAUUCACGAACUCAAGCCGAGCGACGCCUACUCGUACUCUAGCCGUCUCGCCACUGUUCGGACGGAGUCCACCGAAUCGACGCCGACCGAUCCAGUGCUACAAAUUCAAGACUGGUGGCAGCUGAAGAAAUCUCAAACACCACUUCAGAUAAAACACGCGCCGUUCGAAAGCCCACGACCCGAGACUGCAGCCCCAUCAUCCCGUAUCAACUACUUCUGUCGAAAUUCAGUCCACGAGAAAUCCUUUCCCAAGUUCUCAGACGAGCGGACUUUCGACAUUUACGGAAAGAACAAGAGGCGGUUCCCAAAACCAUCCAAGGCCGAAAGCCUUCAUGAACUGCCACCCUGUGUCAAAUCGCCACUCUCGAGACAAGAUCUAAGCCAAAUUCCCUAG